AUGGCUUCUCUUCUUUCCUUCUCUGUUCCCAAUUCAAAGAUGAUAAGAGCUUCUUCAUCACAGUCUGUUUCUGCACCGACGGUUUCCGUGCCGGAGAACCUUACUGAAAAAUUUGGGAGAAAGGGCAUCAAGUUCUUGGAGUCUGAUAACAUCCCCAUUGUUGAACUCAGAGUCAGAAAUGGCAGUUCAUUAAGGCUUCAAAUACCCAAUGCUCAUGUGACUUCAUACAAGCCAAAGGUGUACUGGAAGGACGACGGCUUCCAAGAAGUUCUUUACACAAUUCCAGGCAAUGGAAAGAUCCUAAUUCUACCAAAGCCAAGGGAGGAAUUGGUUUGGUCUUGA